UCAGCGCCGGGCGAACAUGGCGGCCUCCGAGUCCGCGGGGGCUCUGAGUUCAGGCACUGCCGAGGGCGAGGAGGAGACGAUUCUGUACGAUUUGCUGGUCAACACCGAAUGGCCACCGGAGACAGAAGUCCAGCCUAGAGGCAACCGAAAUCAUGGUGCAUCGUUUUUCAUCACAAAAGCAAUUAGAGAUCAUUUGUUAUUUUUACGCCAGUACUUCUGGUACAGCCCUGCACCUUUCUUGCUCCCUGAUGGACUGGUUCGCUUGAUUAAUAAACAGAUAAACUGGCAUUUAGUACUUGCAAGCAAUGGAAAGCUUUUGGCAGCUGUUCAAGACCAGUGUGUGGAGAUCAGGUCUGCAAAAGAUGAUUUUACAUCUGUUAUUGGGAAAUGUCAAGUUCCAAAAGACCCAAAACCCCAGUGGCGACGUGUAGCAUGGAGUUACGAUUGUACUCUGCUGGCUUAUGCUGAAAGUACAGGAACGGUGAGGGUGUUUGAUCUCAUGGGAAGCGAGCUCUUCGUCAUCUCCCCGGCAUCUAGUUUUGUAGGUGAUUUGAGCUAUGCCAUUGCUGGGUUAAUAUUUUUAGAAUACAAAGCAAGUGCACAGUGGUCUGCAGAACUCUUGGUCAUCAAUUACCGAGGAGAGCUUAGAAGUUACCUUGUAAGUGUUGGAACACAUCAGAGCUACCAAGAGAGUCACAGUUUCAGUUUCAGUAGUCAUUAUCCUCUUGGAAUCAACGCAGCUAUUUACCAUCCUGGUCACAGACUUCUACUAGUUGGUGGAUGUGAAACUCCUGGAGUAGGAAUUUCCAAAGCUGCUAGCUGUGGCCUUUCUGCCUGGAGAGUUCUUUCAGGGUCACCUUAUUAUAAGCAGAUUACUAAUGGUGAUGACAAGGUGACCACGGUGCCGAAGACACUCGGAUUAUUAAGGGUAUUAGGUACUAAGCUAUACAGUCGCCAGGGACAAGAACAGGAUGGAAUCUUUAAGAUGAGCCUGUCUCCAGAUGGGAGCCUUCUUGCUGCCAUUCACUUCUCUGGGAAACUGAGCAUCUGGGCCAUCCCAUCUCUGAAGCAACAGGGAGAGUGGAGUCAACAUGAGCAGCCAGGCUAUGAUGGACUCAAUCCUGACUGGAGGCUCUCUACUGAGAAAAGAAAAAAAGUAAAAGAUAAAGAGUCCUUUUAUCCACUGAUAGAUGUCAACUGGUGGGCAGAAGGUGCAGUUACUUUGGCUCGAUGCUCUGGUGCUUUGACUGUUUCAUCUGUGAAAACUUUGAAGAAUCUACUAGGAAAAUCCUGUGAAUGGUUUGAACCAUCACCUCAAGUUACUGCUACCCACGAUGGGGGAUUUUUAAGUUUGGAGUGUGAGAUUAAACUUGCCCCUAAACGGUCUCGCUUGGAGGUUCGGUCGGGAGAAGAAGAUGAGGGAGAAGAGGAUUCUGAUUCCGAUCAUGAAAUCUCUGCCAAGGCUCGCUACUUCGGCUACAUCAAACAGGGGCUUUACUUGGUGACUGAAAUGGAGCGAUUUGCACCCCCACGGAAACGCCCACGAACCAUUACUAAAAAUUACCGUCUAGUGAGUUUGCGCUCCACGACUCCCGAAGAGCUUUAUCAGAGGAAGAUUGAAAGUGAAGAGUAUGAGGAAGCCUUGUCUUUGGCUCAUACCUAUGGCCUGGAUACUGAUCUCGUCUACCAGAGGCAGUGGAGGAAAUCGGCAGUCAACGUUGCUUCAAUUCAGAAUUAUUUGAGUAAAAUAAAGAAGCGGUCCUGGGUUCUCCACGAAUGCCUGGAAAGAGUUCCUGAGAAUGUGGAUGCUGCAAAAGAACUGCUUCAGUAUGGGCUAAAGGGCACAGACCUGGAGGCUCUUAUAGCAAUAGGGAAAGGAACAGAUGAUGGCAGAUUUACAUUACCUGGUGAAGUAGACAUUGAAAAUGUCUCUUAUGAGGAGCUUUCACCGUCUGAGGAGGAGCCAGCCAAGAAUAAAAAGGAAAAGGAGCUCAAAAAGAGACGGGAGCUACUUAAAUUAGUGAACUUUGCAAAGUUGACACUGGAACAAAAGGAACUUUGCCGUUGUAGACUGAAAUUAUUAACCUACUUAGACCGACUUGCAACAUAUGAGGAAAUCCUGGGCGUGCCUCCUGCUUCUGAGCAGAGAUAUGAUGCAGAAUUCUUUAAGAAAUUCAGAAAUCAAAAUAUUGUUCUCUCAGCAAGAACUUAUGCUCGGGAAAGUAAUGUUCAAGCCCUGGAAAUUCUGUUUACUUACCAUGGCUCUGACCUUCUUCCUCAUCGCCUUGCGAUUCUCUCCAACUUUCCAGAGACCACUUCACCACAUGAGUAUUCUGUUUUGCUGCCGGAAGCUCGUUUUAAUGGUGAUUCCUUGAUGAUCAUUCCUUGGCACGAACGUAGACACCGAGCUAAAGAUUGGUGUGAGGAGCUGGAGUGCAGAAUGGUUGUUGAGCCGAGUCGCCAAGAUGAAAGUGAAUUCUUGUAUGCUGCACAGCCUGCCUUGCUGAGCUACAGGACAGCCCAGCUUGCGGUCGAGAGCGUCAUGGACUGGUACCAGACCAGAGCAGAGGAGAUAGAGCAUUAUGCCGGCCAGGUUGACUGUGCACUCUCACUUAUUCGACUCGGAAUGGAGCGGAAUGUUCCUGGCUUGCUGGCUCUGUGUGAUAAUUUGGUUACUCUGGAAACAUUGGUGUAUGAAGCCGGUUGCGACUUAACUCUAACCUUGAAAGAGCUCCAGCAGAUGAAAGACAUUGAAAAACUGAGAUUACUGAUGAAUAGCUGUUCUGAGGACAAGUACGUGACAAGUGCCUACCAGUGGAUGGUUCCCUUUCUUCACCGUUGUGAGAAACAGUGUCCUGGUGUGGCCAGUGAGCUAUUAAAAGAAUAUUUAGUAACUCUAGCUAAAGGGGACCUAAAAUUUCCCCUGAAGAUAUUUCAGCAUUCCAAGCCUGAUCUGCAGCAAAAAAUUAUUCCUGACCAGGACCAACUGAUGGCAGUAGCUCUAGAGUGCAUCUAUAACUGUGAACGAAAUGACCAACUCUCUCUUUGCUAUGACAUAUUAGAAUGUCUGCCACAAAGAGGAUAUGGUCAUGAGACAGAGGUAACCACAACUCUUCAUGACAUGGUAGACCAAUUGGAACAAAUUCUCAGUGUAUCAGAGCUUUUGGAAAAACAUGGACUAGAGAAACCGAUUUCGUUUGUUAAAAACACUCAGUCUAGCUCAGAGGAGGCUCGCAAGCUGAUGGUUAGAUUGACCAGACACACGGGUCGGAAGCAGCCUCCUGUCAGUGAAUCUCAUUGGAGAACCUUGCUGCAAGACAUGCUAACCAUGCAGCAGAACGUGUACACUUGUCUGGAUUCCGAUGCUUGCUAUGAGAUUUUUACUGAAAGCCUUCUGUGUUCCAGCCGUCUUGAGAAUAUCCACCUGGCUGGGCAGAUGAUGCACUGCAGUGCUGGUUCUGUCAGCCCUGUAGUUGGUGUGGCCCCUAAAGGGAAACCCCAGUACAGGGUCAGUUACCAAAAAAGCAUUGACUUGGUUUUGGCUGCCAGCAGAGAGUACUUCAAUUCUUCCACCAACCUCACUGAUAGCUGCAUGGAUUUGGCCAGGUGUUGUUUACAGCUGAUGACAGACAGACCCUCUGCUAUUCAAGAGGAGCUAGAUCUUAUCCAGGCCCUUGGCUGUCUCGAAGAAUUCGGGGUAAAGAUCCUGCCUUUGCAAGUACGACUGUGCUCUGAUCGGAUCAGCCUAAUUAAGGAGUGUAUUUCCCAGUCCCCCACGUGCUACAAACAAUCCAGCAAGCUCUUGAGCCUUGCAGAGUUGCUGAGGGUUGCAGGUGAAGACCCAGAAGAAAGGCGUGGACAGGUUCUCAUCCUUUUAGUAGAGCAGGCCCUUCGUUUCCAUGACUACAAAGCAGCCAAUAUGCAUUGUCAGGAGCUGAUGGCUGCAGGUUAUCCUAAAAGCUGGGAUGUGUGCAGCCAAUUAGGACAGUCAGAAGGUUACCAGGACUUGGCUACCCGCCAAGAGCUCAUGGCUUUUGCUUUGACACACUGCCCUCCUAGCAGCAUUGAACUUCUUUUGGCAGCUGGCAGCUCUCUGCAAACAGAAAUUCUUUAUCAAAGAGUAAAUUUUCAGAUCCAUCCUGAAGGAGGGGAAACUGUCAGUGUUUCGCCGUUAAUGAGUAAAUCACUACAAGAGGAUGAAGUGAGUGCUGCUGACAGCAGUUCAGCUGACCUAUUACACUGGACCACUGCUACCACCAUGAAAGUCCUUUCCAACACCACGACCACCACCAAGGCUAUGCUGCAGGCUGUCAGCGAUGGACAGUGGUGGAAGAAGUCUCUAGCUUACCUUCGGCCCCUCCAGGGACAAGAAUUUGGUGGUGCCUAUCAAAUUGGAACUGUGGCCAAUGAAGACCUAGAAAAACAAGGGUGUCAUCCUUUUUAUGAGUCAGUCAUCUCCAGUCCCUUUGUCUCUGAGUCCGGAGUGACCUAUGAUGCCUAUCAGCACAUCCCAGAUGAAAGUUUUGCAGAAAUAUUGCUGAGAACUGGUAAACUGGCAGAGGGGAAAACUGAAGGAGAAGUCUUUCCAACUACAGAAGUUCUGUUACAACUAGCAAGUGAUGCUUUGCCAAAAGACAUGACCUUGGCUCUCGCUUAUCUCCUUGCCUUACCACAGGUGUUAGAUGCUAACAAGUGCUUUGAAAAGCAAUCACACUCGGCGUUGUCACUGCAGCUGGCAGCAUAUUACUACAGCCUGCAGAUCUAUGCCCGAUUGGCUCCGUGUUUCACGGACAAGUGUCAUCCUCUUUACAGGGCUGACCCUAAGGAACUAAUCAAGGCUGUUACCAGUCACGUGACUCAACAUGGACAAGCCUCCUGGCCCGAGGACCUUGUUUUGCUGACCAAGCAGUUACACUACUACAAUGAGCGUCUCCUGGAUUUCACGCAGGCUCAGCUGCUUCAGGGCCUGCGCAAGGGUGUAGAUGUGCAGCGGUUCACUGCAGAUGACCAGUAUAAAAGAGAAACUAUCCUUGGUCUGGCAGAGACCCUGGAGGAAAAUGUCUACAGCAUUGCGCUUUCCCUGGCUCAACGGUACAGUGUUUCCCACUGGGAAGUUUUUAUGACCCAUUUGGAGUUCCUGUUCACCGAUAGUGGUUUGUCCACAGUAGAAAUUGAAAAGCGAGCCCAAGCCCUUCAUCUCUUUGAGACUUUGAAGACGGAUCCCGAAAGCUUUCACACACACAUGGUCAAAUACAUUUAUCCCACUAUUGGUGGCUUUGAUCACGAAAGACUGCUGUAUUAUUUCACUCUCCUGGAAAAUUAUGGCUGUGCAGAUUUUGGGAAAUCCGCUAUCAAACCAGAAACCCACAUUCGACUCUUGAAGAAAUUUAAGGUAGUUGCUUCAGGCCUUGAUUACAAAAAGCUGACGGAUGAAAAUGUGAGUCCCCUUGAAGCCCUGGAGCCAGUUCUUUCAAGUCAAAACAUCUUAUCUAUUUCCAAACUUGCUCCCAAAAUCCCUGAAAAGGAUGGACGGAUGCUUUCCCCCAGCUCUCUCUACACCAUCUGGUUGCAGAAGUUGUUCUGGACUGGAGACCCUCACCUAAUUAAGCAAGUCCCAGAGUCCUCACCGGAAUGGCUCCAUGCCUUCGACAUCUGCAUGAAGUACUUUGAUCGCCUCCACCCGGCUGACCUCAUUACUGUUGUGGAUGCAAUGACAUUUUCUCCUAAAGCUGUGGCCAAGCUCUCUGUGGAAGCUCGUAAAGAGAUGACCAUAAAGGCCAUUAAGACAGUCAAACAUUUUAUUGAGAAACCAAGGAAAAGAAAUGCUGAAGAAGACAUUCAGGAAACUAGUGAUUCCAGAAUUACCUAUGCAGAUACUCUGAAUCACCUGGAAAAAUCACUUUCUCACCUGGAAACCCUCAGCAGUAGCUUCAUUGUUUCCAUGAAGAACAGUGAGCAGGAGACACUGCAGAAGUAUAGUAGCCAGUAUGAUCUGUCCCGAUCAGAGAAAGGGAAAAUUCAUGAUCAAGCCGUGACCAUGUGCUUAGACGGUCAGCCUCUGAAAAUGGUUCAGCAGCUUCUGGAGGUGGCUGUUGGCCCUCUUGACAUCUCACCCAAGGAUAUAGUGAAGAGUGCAAUCAUGAAAAUAAUAUCGGCCUUGAGUGGUGGCAGUGCUGACCUUGGUGGGCCCAGGGACCCUCUCCAAGUUCUGGAAGGUGUUGUUGCUGCAGUCCAUGCCAGUGUGGACAACGGGGAGGAGUUGGUCUCACCUGAGGACCUGCUGGAGUGGCUGCGCCCUUUCUGUGCUGACGACACCUGGCCGGUGCGGCCCCGCAUCCAGGUGCUGCACGUCUUCGGGCAGUCGUUUCACUUGACAGAGGAGGACAGCAAACUCCUCGUGCUCUACAGGACGGAAGCCAUUCUCAAAGCCGCCUGGCCCCAGAGACAGGUAGAUUUAGCUGACAUUGAGAAUGAAGAGAAGCGCUACUCUCUGUUCUUGGAACUUCUGGAAUCCAGUCACGAUGAAGUUGAAUUUCAGCACUUGGCUUUGCUCUUGCAGGCUUGGCCACCAAUGAAGAGUGAAUCUGUCGUAACCAAUAAUCCCUGGCUGAGGCUUGCCACAGUGAUGCUAACCAGAUGUGCAGCAGAGAACAAAGAAGAAUUGGGCAAGGAAGUUCUGAAAAUUUGUCGCUCCUUGUAUAACACCAAGCAAAUGCUGCCUGCAGAGUGUGUGAAGGAGCUGUGCCUGCUGCUGCUGCACCAGUCCCUCCUGCUGCCGUCCCUGAAACUGCUCCUGGAGAGCCAGGAUGAGACCCUGCACGCCAUGGCGCUGGAGCAGAUCACAGCUGUUGCUCAGGUGAAUGAUUCAAACUGCGACCAAGAACUACUUUCCCUGCUCCUGGAUGCCAAACUGAUGGUGAAGUGCAUCUCCACUCCCUUUUAUCCGCAUAUCAUUGACCACCUCUUGGCCAGCCUGCAGCAAGGGCGCUGGGACGCAGAGGAGCUGGCCAGACACCUGCAGCAGGCCGGCCAUCAAGCUGAAGCUGGGUCACUGCUACUGGCUGUGAGGGGGACUCAUCCAGCCUUGAGAACUUUCAGCGUGGCUCUCAGUGCCGGACAGCGCUGGGUGUGAGCCGCGCAUGCUCCUGGGUGGAAAAGAACAUCUGGAGCUGAACACAGCUCCCAGAAGCAACGUGUGUACCUGACUGUUCUCUGUGGUUCCAACAAACUGCAAUAAAGCUGUACGUAAAUGAU